CAUAAAUCGUCAUACGAGUGAAGUGGUUGCGCUAAACUAUUUUUCUGAGUUAGGUCUUGGGUUCGAAACUUUUUUUCGGUCAAAAUUAUUGAAUUUUUGGGUUCAUCGUUUGGUUGUUGAUCUUAUUGAACUGCAACGCCAUGGAUCCAGAUCAGGGCUCUUCGAGAAGCAGGAAGCACAAGUACACUCCCAGACCACCCAGAGCCCGUGCUCCCAAAACCCAACUCGACAAUAAACAAGACGAAGACACCACACCUGCUCGACUUCUCUCUCGUCGAUAUGAGAAUUCAGCGAGACGCGAGCCUAAAGUGGAAAGAAAAUCAAGCGUGGAAGUCGCGUUUAGUCCUGGAAUUUCAUCAACCUCCCUCAGGACAUAUGGCACGAGCAAAGCUAUAGAUAAUGGCACAAACAGUGGCUCACCGAGUAAAUAUUUGGCUAAAGAGCCAAUUCGUUCAAGACGUUCUUCUGCUGCUACUGAGGAUCAAGAUGAUACCAGCAUGGUAGAUGUUAUUGAUAAUACCAUCAAUGCAUCAGCAAGGAAAUUCAAAAGAGAGUACAAGGAACCAUGGGAUUAUAACAACUCUAAUUAUCCCAUUACUCUUCCAUUAAGGAAGCCAAAUUCUGGAAAUCCAGAAAUUCUUGAUGAGGAAGAAUUUGGGGAAGCUGCUACUAAUUUGGAGUAUGAUGAGAAUACUGUUAACUCUGCUGCAGAACUCGAGCUCUUGGAGAAGAGUGAGCAACAUAAGAUGUUUUUAUUUCAGUUUCCUAAAAAUAUGCCUUUUAACGAGGGGAAGGAGAAGGAGCAAAUUGGUACAACAACAGUGUCUGGAAAGGCUCGUGCUUUGGAAGAGUUGCCAAGUGGAUAUAUGGGCAAGAUGCAGGUGUACAAGAGUGGAGCAAUCAAACUUAAACUAGGAGAAGCUCUGUUCGACCUAUCUCCGGGUACAAAAUGUGGAUUUGCUCAAGAUAUUGUAGCGGUGAACAUUGCACAGAAACAGAUCUGCAAUCUUGGCGAGCUUAGCAAUAAGGUUGUUGUAGUUCCUGAUCUUGAUUCAAUUGAUCUGAGAAACACUGGAGGCAAAAAAUGACUGAUGCGUCGCGUGCAGGAAUGGUACAGUACCUUUUUGGCUUAUGUGAAUAUGUGAUUAAUUAAAAAGUCACUGCCAGUGAGCAAGUGCAAAUUGGAUACUUGAACAAGCACCUAACUAAUGAAUAUCAAGCGGAAAAUUGAAUGCAUAUUUGUAAUUGCUUUGGUUA